UCCCUGCGGUUGCUAUGGAGAUGGACAGGAGCAGCCGAGAAGCUGCUACUGACAAAAUCAGCAUCAGGCAUCAGCGGGGGUCUGCAGGAAGAAGGAGGCAGGAUCAGGGAGGCUGCAAACAUGGACUUGCAUUGUGAUUGUGCUGAUUCUCAAGCAGCAGAGCAGCCGUCUGGGAAAAUCAACAAGACUGCCUUUAAAUUAUUUGGGAAGAGGAAAUCUGGCAGUGCCAUGCCAACUAUAUUUGGUGUGAAAAACAAGGGGGAUGGUAAAAACACAGGCAAAAUGGCAAUGGUACGGAGCAAGACCCUGGAUGGACUAGCCGAGGUUGUGCUGGAGAGCAACAACAAGAAAGAGGAGCAGGAUGCUGGGGCGGCCGCUGUUUCUCCUACACCUGCCGCCGGUGACAAGGUGAACCCUGAUGUAAAUCCAACGAUGGUGACAAUAAAGGCAGAUGUGGCUUCAAACAGCUCCGUGGCAAAGUCCCACAGUUUUUUUAAUUUGCUGAAAAAGAGCAGCAGGUCGGAUACCGUGAGGGGAGAGAAUACCGAGCAGAAACCUGUCAGCAGACAAAAGAAAGGACUCAAAGGGCUAUUUAAUAGCAUGCGAUGGAACAGAAAAGAGAAAAGCUACAAAGAUGACAGGGAAGGGGCGACAGAAAAUGCACCUGGCCUGAUUUUGCCUGGAUCAUUGACUGCUAGUUUAGAAUGUGUUAAGGAACAAAUACAAAAACCAUUGUUGUGUGAAAGCGUAAAAGCCAAGGAGGAUGUUGCUGUCGACUCACUCUGUGAGGAACACGGUGGGGAAGUGAAUGCAUCGGUGGGGGAGCACCGAGAAAAGGACAGAGUGGAAUCUCCCUGCUCAUCACUACACAGUGGUGACAGCAAACCCCAAGAAAAUGGUGAUUUAGAUGGACAACACGUGGAGAACCUUACCCAGUUGCCAGGUCUAGAGGUGGACGCCCAGAACGAAAAGGAGGAUGAAAACAUAACAGGAUGUGGUGAUAUUAUUGCUGAUCAUGAUGACGAAGGAGGGAACAGCGUUGUUACGAGGAAUAUCCACGGUAAUGGCAAGAAACCUAUUAUUAAAAAGACCCCUAUCAUUGUUGCCUAUCAAGGAGGAGGAGAGGAGAUGGCAAGUCCAGAUCAAGUGGAUGAUACCUACAUACAGGAUGUUUGGGGCAUGGGGCCUCAGUCAGAGGAGGAGAGCAGAGAAAUGGAGAAAGCAAGCAGUCCAUUACAGGCCUCAGGCGAGGUAAACCGUAUUGACAUCACAUGUGAAGGGAAUUCAGUUAAACUGUCUAAACUCAAGCAGGUGGCAAAGAGUCGGUAUGAGAAAGGUGAUCAAAAGAUUACUGGUAGGGAACACAAAGAGUGUGUUCGGAAUAGUGAUGAGGGUUACUGGGAUUCAUCUACCUCAGGACCUGAGGAAGACCCAGCAAGGAAUGUGGCAAAGAAAGCACUUCUCGGAGACAGCUGUAGUGGAGACGCUUUGUAUGACCUAUAUACAGAACCUGAUGAAAACACAGCCAGAGCGCAUGCGGGCGAGGAAAUUCCAUGCCUGCCACGUUCCAAACCAUUGUCUCCAGUAACUGCCACAUGUCCUGCGAAAACCAGUUUUGCUAAGGAUUCAAAGAUACCUAUUAGCGUUAAACAUCUACCAGUCCAUCCACCCAGCCAAGGGGCCGACACUAGCGGUUCGUCAGCUGUGCAGCAACCAGUGAAAAGUGAACUGCCCAGAACAAAAAUCCCAGUCUCAAAGGUACUUGUAAGAAGGGUCAGUAAUAAAGUAAUAACGGGGACAUCAGGUAAACCAGUCUACCACGAUCUUGCCAGAAAGUAGUACUGGCUUAAGUGGAAAGCAAAGCCAAUCUAAUUUGUCCGGUUGUUGUCUCAAUAGCCUGCAGUUACUUUAAAAAAUACUUGUAAUCAAAUCUGUUUUUAUAAUGAAAUAAUCCAGGGCGGAUCUUCAGAUCAAGUUUGCUAAAACUAUUUUUUGUUUUGUUGGGAUCUUUUAUUUUAUUUUAUAUUUGUAUGUUCUCACUUUUCUCUGCACACGUUUCUUUCCCUCACUGAGCAAAAAAAAAAAAGUUCAAGAUUUAAUUGGAAUUUUUGAGACAGAUUGCCUGGAUCCCUAUUCUAUUAAUUGAACAUGAUAAUGUUUUUAUCGAUGGAUACAGGAACUCCAGCAUUUCCACAGAUAAUGGAGUUUAACUACAACGCUGCUCAGCCAAUGGAGUGGUAGUUCCCAGAAUUUGGGUUGUAAGAGGUUAUUUAUUACUGAAUUUAACACUGAUGUUUUUAAAUACCUGUUUAUGUUUAACAGUCAGGGAUCUUAACAAGCAAAGUUCAGCUUUAUUACAAGCACUGAAUUGUUUUGCCAAAUAUAUUGAAGCUGCUGGUUCCAAGACAAAAUGUACACAGUUAUGGGAUUACCACUGUCAUUUGAUGGAAAGUAAUUUAUCCCAGGUUGAGUGGUGUAUGAAUGAUUUAGGUAAACCUGAGGACACUUAUGCAGAUGCAGUAAAGCUUAUGACUGCUGCAAAAUUUCUUGGGAAGCAGAACUACUCAUUACAGAUAUACUCCAAAAAUUUAAAAAUCACUCAGACGAUAGGGUGGGUCCACCAAUGAGCACAACUGUCCCUCUAUAAUUCCCAGAAUGCCCUGUAUAAGGCAAAGUCUUUUAAUGUAAUAAGCUUUCUUGGCACGAGGUAACAUGAACAAUGACAAACCUACAAUAACUAAUGAUUUAAAUAUGAUUAAAGUGCAGGGGAAAAAAAAGAAUCUUUAAUUUAGCAGAGCUUGCAUUUUGUCUCACAGCCUUUCUGUUUGAAGCGUCUUUGCUUCAGUUAUUGUCUAUAGGAGUUUGUGGCCUUUCUUCCAUAAAUAGAGAAUUGUGAAGAACUGAAAAGGGAAUUAAACAUAUCGGCGAAAAUAGCAAAACUGGAAUAAUAGGUGAUGUGGAUGGUUUUUUUUUCAGUGUGAAUAUUUUGGGCCUUCAGUCUGCAAUUAUUGUGUCAAUGUUCUCAAUUCUCAAUUUAGUGAAUAGACUCCAAUGGACCAUUUGCAUUGUUCUCCAACAAUAGCACCAUUAAUUCUAAAGGCUGUUGAGUACUACAUGAUAAAUAAAGAUACCAUACCUUAGUGGUUAGUGAUUUAGUAGCUAGCCCAGAUCAAUCCUCAAGGUUAAAAUUUCAGUUCUGGCAGGGUUCUAGGAACAUUAUAGUGUUAGGACCUAACACUACAGUGUCCCUCUGUCUCCAUCUAGUCCCCUCCAAGCCAUGCAAUGAUUGAAAAUACUUUUAUUCACUUAUCUGAUUCCAACGCUGAGAUCCCUCAGCACUGGAUCAAGCUCCUCUGAAGUCAGGACGAUCUAAGAACCGAAUACGCAUGCGCAACAAGUGGCGCGCACAUAUUUGGCCUUCCUCAUAAGAAACCACUAAACCCUAUGGUGAACUUUGCAUGAGGAUGUCCAGCGUCGUUUCACACAGUUAACCUCUGUGAAACUAGAGGCAGUUUUAAACCUACAAUGUAAACAUUGCUGUUUCUCUAAAACGACAAUCUUUUACAUUGCAGGGUUAAAGGGACAGCAUGAAGUGGUCUUGGUGCUUAUAGUGUCCCUUUAAAUCAGAAUUUCAUCUGUCAGAGGUUGACUAUCUGAGUACGAAUGAAUUGGUUAAAGACAUUUAUUUGUCAGGAAAUACAACAAAAAAAAAAAAUACAAAGCUAAAUGUACUAAUGUAUUCUUCCUUGUAACAACACUUCAGUAAUUGCGUCCACUGCUGUAAAAGGAUCAUGUCUAUUAAAGCAGGGGAGCUGUAUACUUCAGACGGUACAUAAUUUUAUUUUUAUAAUUAUGGUUUAUUUUUCUAGAUUUAUUUUGAUAUGGUCCUGUCCCUUUCUGCAAUAUAAAAGCUGCCAUCUUGCAACUGCGCUGCAUUCUUUAUCUGAAGAUACAUGGCACAGUAAUUAUUAAUGCAAUAAUAUCUGGUGAACAUAAUCUAUGGAAUAGCGCUAUGCUUUGCAUUGCUCCAAGUUUACAUCUAGACCUUUUGAACUGUUCGUGUUUUGCAUUGAUAAAUACGGCCGAUGUUUUACUGGAUGACCCAUAUAUGAAUUAAAGAGACGCAAGCCAGCAUUGUAUAGGUACUAGAGUUUUUGGUUUUUAUACACUUUCUCAGUCUAAAGCAACCGUCUUUAUACAUGUACAGUACUUAUAAGGACCAAAUUCUGUUUAGUUUCAUGUGUAUUAUGUAAAUAUGUAUAUAUAUAUAUAUAUCUCUAUGUGAGUAAAUGUCUGUAUUAAUAUGCACAAAAAGACUGCCAUUUAUUUGACAUCAUAAAACACAAAUAGUACAGGGCUGUCCAUCUGGGGAUGUUUAGAAUGUUUUGUCACCCCCAUUUUGGCUUGGUUUUGAUUGAUGGGAGGUAAUGCUUCCAAUACCAAUCUUUAACCAUGAAUCCCUAACCUUAAUUUCUAACUAUAUUGAAUCCCAUAGCUUUCAAAUCUUUUACCAUUAUCUCUAAUUCCUAAACCCUAUCCCCCAACCUCUACCCCUCAAACAUGACCAUGUCAAUAUGGUGCUACCAAAACAUUCCAUUCUGGUCUAACUGGGACCAUACCUUUUGAUGUUCUUCAGACAACAUCUGUUUGAAGGCCUCAGUAUGACUGCCCCUUGAAAGAGAUAUGACGACAUAUUUCACAAACAUUUAUUAUUUUCUGCCUACAAAAUGCACAUUAAUAAUCCAUGUUGCUGUAUUUUAUUUUUUGUUCCUUUUUUAAACGGGCAAGAUAGCGUUGAUCAUGCAUUGUCAUGUGUUUGAAGCAAGGUCGUUUCCAAUAACAAACAGCUGGAAUGCACAAACAUAUUGCACAGCAGGUGGCUCAUACCUUCAAAAAUAUACAAACUAUAAAAUGUAUCUCAUAAACAUCUGUAUGGAUAAUGGGUGCAUACACACUGGUUAUGGUUAUACAGAAUUAGGAGUUUGCAGAAUGCAAUGCAUGAAUUAGUGGAUCACACCCUUCAUGCUGUAACAAAGAAUGUGAGAUUUGUUCGUCUAUUGGAUUGGAAUAACAGUUGAAGCCAAUGCGGCUUGUUUGGGAUUGCAACUCCCAUCAUCACAGGGCUAAUCAUGGUUCCCAAAGCCAAAUAGACUAAUUUGCCAUAUUGUUGAUAAAUAAAAAGCAUCCACAUAAUAGCAGGAUGGAUGACAGGUCUAAUUUAAGUAUAUACUGUCUUCAUUAACACUAUACACAUUGAAUGCUACAAGCCUAUCUACAAUUAUUCAUUGAUUUCUGAGUCUGCCAUAAUCAUACAUGUCUUCUAUUAUUUAUAUAUUAAUUACU